AAGUGUAGAACAGUCUGAAAAAACACGAUUUCACGAAAAAAUCAAAAUAUUGGCGAAAAACCGCGUGAAAAUCGCUGAAAACCUCCAAAAUACCUCGCGAUGAACAUCGUUAAAGGCUUGACGACUGCGUUGCCGAUCAUCAGACAGUCCGUCACUCGCGGAUAUGCCUUAAAAUCCGAUCUGAAAAUAAAAUGGGUCCGUCCUGCGAAAGUUUCCUGCAUCGAUCCCCGCAAAUCUGGCGACUGUGCUCCGCUUCCCGUGAUAGACCCGAAACAGUUCAUGUUCCACUACCAAAAAAGCAAGGAACUGCAAGAGGCCGAUGACAGGGUCAAAGAUUUAUUUCGCAUCGGAAACACUCCUCGCCGCAAAGCCAUGCAAAUUUACGAAGAACAAAUGAUCGGCAGUGUGAAUCGACAUGCCUUGGAUUUCGGAUCGGUUGAAGCCAAAAUCGCCAAAAUGACGGCAAAAAUCCGCUCGUACCAGGACAUCAUGGAAAAGUUUCCGCGAAACAAACGUCUGAAGGUCAAGCUGAAGGAAAUGAUUGAAAAACGACGAAAAUUCCUAAAAUACGUCCGUCGCUGGGACUAUCGUCGAUACGAAUGGCUGCUGGAAAAACUGGAUUUAAUCUACAAGGACAUCCCCGAAGACUGCAUCCGGAUCGAACGAAAGGCUUCUCUGAGGAAAUUGACACAAAUUCACUGCGACGAGAUUCGUCAGAAGAAACUCGACGAAUAUCGGGAAAAAUUGGAGUCGCAACAGCUGGACUUCCUCGAACGGAAGAUGAAAAAUUUGCAAUUUAUCAGGAAUGAGCAGAUCGCGUGCCAGGUCAAAGUCACUGUUACCGAAGAGGAAGUUAAGGAAGCAACCGAGCGAUACGAAGCAAUGCUCGCGAAACAAAAGAAAGUCAAAGAUGACGACAAUUUAGAAAUAGAAGCAAAUUAAAGUUUGUUUUUUUGAAUAAAAAUAGUGAUUUAUUAAAAAAAAAUAUUAAAAUUAAGAAUUUU